GUUCUUCCAGAAGAGAAAGCCAGGUCUCUCAAGGCCAAACUGCAGGAGUUCAAGACACCCGCAAAGGAGCGCUGUUACUGCGCAAAUGUACAGUGUGGAAGAUACAUCCCGCCUGAUUCCAUCAACAUCGAAGACAAAUCUGCUCGCUGCGGACAGUGUAGUACAGUCACCUGUACAUUAUGCUGUCGCGAGCAGCACCAAGGCCCUUGUGCAGGCUCCAGCGAGGAAGACCUGCAGAUGUUCGAUCUGAUAGCCCGCGAAGGCUACCAGCAGUGCAGCGAAUGUAACAGAGUGGUCGAAAGAGAGUCUGGUUGCCCACACAUGACCUGCUACUGCGGGUAUGAGUUUUGCUACCACUGUGGUGGUCAGAUCAAUGUCUGCAACGGC